ACCCGUAUUUAUUCACUUUCCGUGUUUGCGUAGCGUGGUUGCCCCGUUUUGUUUAUAAAGCGUUUCGCAUCGCGUUGUUUACCGGCGGCGCGGCGCGGGCGGGCGGGUGGCGGGUUGGCGAGCCGCCAGCUCCGCCGGAUCGCGGUCACACCAAUACAUUCAGAUUUCGUGGGAAAAAAUAACAAGCGGACGAUUACCAGUGAUCUUAUCCGCAUCAAGACUCGCAUCGCGUCUGUCGUUUGGUGCUUUCGGGGAAAUUGUGGUCGAAGUUUAAGGUUGGUGGUGUGAUAGUCCUCUUGGCGUGGCGGUGUUGUGGCGCCGCGCCCCGCGCCGCCGCAGCCAAGUGGGCCAGGACGCGGCGAGUCAGCGCGUACGCAGCUGCCGCUCUCACGCGCAGUGGAGGCCGAAGGUUUGCAGUACUAAGGGCUCUUGGGGCUGUGAGGAAACGUCCUUUCAAUUGGUAAGUGCAACGCGUAUCGAAUAUACCUAGUAAUCAAUCUCAAUCUCAGAAUAGCAGAAAUUAUUUUUGAGAAUCGUUUAGGGCAAUUCCAUAAAACUAAUCAUUAGUCGGUUGCAGGGAAUACGUUACUUGCAUGCCUUUAUUACUCUCAUAAAACUCAUAAUCAAAAGAUUCUGCACCUUCGUAUAGUAUCUCUAUGACAUUGACGCAUUGACGUACCUACCUACAUAGGUAGAAGUAUGAGGGAUCAUAAUCUUUACGGGCCCUUGCGUGUGCAAACUAAAAAAGCGAAUGUUUGCAAAAUACGCCAAUGAUAGUUCUUAGCUAAACUGACGAAUAGGUAGGUACUUUUUCCCGAUUAAAAACGAAAUACCUACCUAUCUAAAAUACCGCCUAAACCAGCUAUAUAAUUUACUGCAUUUUUGCUAUUUAUUCUGCAUUAAACAUAUCCCUAAACAAAAAGAAAAAACUCUUAUGAUAUCGAUACGGCUAUUUGUUAAGGCGCGACGUAUCAUGACUCCGCCAUUUUAAAAAAAUUCCAAUUACCGGAUCGACAGAAAAAUCUAUUUAACCAUAUAAUCUGGUCAUAAAAUUUCACGAGAAUCAGUUGAUAACUGUGACCUGUAGAGGAGAACAUACAGACAUAUAUAUGCCCGACAUGCCCGAGUCAAAACGUAGACCUUCCCUACGCUUCGGUCAGCGGGUCUAAACGUAGACCUUCGCUACGCUAAGGUCAAUUAGCCAGCUGUUUUAUGCUCCAUCAUCUGAAAAGAUUUAUGAGCAGAGAUAUAACUUUAGGCAAUUAAAAUUGUGGCAAUUAAAAUUGCGGCAAUUAAAGUAAGAAUGAGUCGGAAUGACGAGAAAUGCAGCAUUCAGUAUAAAUAACCAAGAUCGCGCGUCACUACCACUUCGCUAACAGCUCGCUCAUUGCUCAGGUCAUGUUGGUUCUCGGAAUUAUGUUUGGUCAGAUGAUAUCAGGCAUGAUAUUUAGAGAGUUAUUACCUAAUUCAUAAGUUUCAAAACUGAUGCCUAAUUACCUAACUAUAUACUUGCUUAAAGUUAGAUGUAGGUAUCUAUCUACAUACACUACAUAUAUGUACAAGUAUGUAGUUACAUGAAUGCACUAUUUAGUCUAAUUUAAAAGUUACUGUUUGAAAUUAUAAGUCAAAUAAGUUAGGCUAAGCAAAACUAUUACUUAUUAAACGAACCCAUACACCGUGUUAUUAUAAUACUUAUUUUAUAUCAGGGAAUCGAUUUUAUAAUUACGAAAUGAAUUUAUUUAAUCGUAUGGCAAUUCGGUUCUAUUUUACUUGCUGCGUCGAGGCUCUCGUAUAGAAUAGUGCAGUGCAGCAGUCAAAUUUAAUUACUGUUUAGCACCACCCAGGGGACACGUGCGGGAAUGAAAUAAGGCUCUAACAAGAAAUACAGCGCAAUGGCAUGUUAAGUCACUUUUCAGGCUUAAUUUAACAUACGAAGGAGUAAUAUGAAAAUGACCAACCUGGCUAUCUAUGCAGCAACCUGCAUCAGAUAGCCAAUUAGCCAGUGAUCAUUCCACUAUCUUCGCCGCUUCAAUCAUUUAUUUGCGAACAUACCUAUUACAUAAUAUGGGCCCUACAAGGGUGCAGCAAUCAAAGUAUAUCUUUUAUUAACUGUCAUGUUUUCAGUAGGUACACAUUAUGGAGGCGGUGUACCCGGCAGCGGCGUCGGCGCUGGCACGCGGUCGGCGCGCGCGGCGCGGUGGCGUGCGCGCCAGGCACCGCACCAUGCCUGUUACCUUCGCGGAGAUCAAAGAAGUGGACGAAGAGAACGUAGAGGAAGCAAGCACGGCGCCGCCAUCGCGCGGCUCGGUGUCCAGCGAGCGGCGGCGGCCCGACGUGCUGGACGAGCGGCUCGGCCGGCAGUUCCUCGAGUUCCGGCGUCGGCGCAAGCGAGACGCACUCCCCGAACCGCCGGACGAGCCCGCCGCCGAACUCGCGCCGACGCCGCCUCGCGCCGGCUCCGAGCCCAUGGAGCCGCGCUGAUAGCUCGCACUAUUGAACUUUAAUAUUUAGCAGUUACGCUAUUGCCGAUAUUGAUGACAAUCAAUUAGUUUGUGACUGUAUGUCUGACACAGUACUUUUAUACCCAGGUCCACCGAUGUUGAACAGUUAUGAAUGACGUUGCCAUAUUGCCAAGGUCUUUAUUAUAUAUACUUCGGGUAGAGACCGUCGGACACUGAUCACUGGAAGAGGAUUAAGGUUCGGUUGCACCUAACCGUCUGUCACCGUGUCACCGUUAAAGCUUUCUCAACAUUUUAUUGUAUGGGAAUUUUCAUAGUUCUCUGCUGAGCUGAUCAACAUUCAUCACUUUGAUCAGUCUGUCACAUGUGGUAAGUGCAACUGGCAAUAAUCGACGUGGAACUAUUGUUUUACGAGGAGACAGGUUUAUUAGAUUUAUAACUGAAGGCUUGAUGAGUAGGUAUAAUUAUAAAUUACGUACCAAUGUGUUAUUUUUAUAGAGCUUGGUAUUGGUAUGGUAGGCUCUAUCACGUAGGUAAUUACGUUACGAGUUUUAUUUAGGCACUAAGUGUAAGGGUUGGUUGCAGUUCACACUUCUUUGCUGAGUUACCUUGAUCAUUUCGUCAAUUGGAAUUAGCUGCAGGUCCUAAAACAAACAGGUAGGUACACAUCACAAAGCUUAAAAAAGUACCUACCUCCAAGAGGUACAUGAUAUGAAUCAGUGGGCGAUGUGGUUCUAGAUAAUCGUGUAAUUCUGUUUCAUACUUACCUACAGAAGGUUAUAGUCCUCGCUACUACUUACCUAUUUGGCGAGGAAACUUUAGUAGGUACUAGUGCCUGAAGAAGUUUGGCUUUGUUUUGUAAAUAUAGAAUGGGUGGGUAGGCGUGUAACGUACGUAACUCCCACCUAAUAUUGUAUAGGUUUAACGAAUUUGUACCUAAUGGAGGUGAACGAUGCCUUCUUGUAUUUAAGUAUUAUAUUAUUAUGUGUUUAUAGAAUACGGAAAUAAAGUCUGACCGGUAAUAAUAUACAUAUAUAUGAUCACGCGCCAUGUUGCGGAAUUUCAUUGGAAUAAUUUUUUUUUCAUACUAUACUGAACUGUCACUAUUUAGGUGUAGAGGUAAAUGACAACAGCACCCUCUUGGUAAUGAUCUUAUUAGUCAGGUGGGAGGUGGGCUUUACUAACCGAUGACUUUAAUAAGUAUUUAAUAAAAUUUAUAUACAAAAUAAAUGAAUAAUGUUGAACUGCUGUAAUGAUCUUUCGAUAAAAUAAUGAACUUCUCAUCAAAUCCCGUUUCUAUUGAGCUGAGAUAUAGGUAGCAGGUAAAAUUGUUUAUUUUAUACGUGACUGGAUAGGUACUGUAAUAAAUAAUGUGUGCGAAUGAAACAAUGUAUUAUCACGAAUAAUGUAUUUAUUGUACAAUAAAAUAAUUUAAACAACUC